CGACCGUCUGCCCAGCAGCACCGAGGGGACCCCAACCGGUGGAAUAAGUCCGUAAAAAGAAAAUUCUAAGAAAAGACAAAAAAAAAGGAGGAAAAACACGGAAUAUUUCUGACUCGGCUCAGGAAAAAGGAAUACAACUGAUUUUCCAAACUUGCUUCAAGUGUUUGCCAUCAUGAGGAUUUUCCCCUUCGCGCUCCUGCUGGUCCACGCCUUGGUGGUGUCCAGACUGGCCACAGGUGCUUCCGUGGACAGGUAUGAGAAGGACAGGCACACGUCUGUGAUCAACCUGCUGGACACAACCAGAGACCGGAGGGUUGAGGAGGACAGCGGGCACGUGGCCGACACAGUCUCAGAGUAUGAUCAGGAAGACAAAGAAGAGGACGAGUAUGAUGAUGAAUAUUACUCUGAUGAUGAGUAUGAAGAUGGCAUAUCCGGGGACUAUGAACUGGAACUGCCACGAGUCGCCAUGUCAAGCAAACCCAAAGAACCGUCCAACAUCCUGGAGGAAGACAACACUCAGCCAAAGAGAGUUAGAGGAAAGGGAAGAAAGAGGGGGAAAGGCAAGGGAAAGAAGAGAAACCCCUGCCUGAAGAAGUUCAAGGAUUUCUGCAUUCACGGCACCUGCCAGUACCUGAGGAGCAUCCGCCAGCCGUCCUGUGUGUGCGACCUAAAUUACUCUGGGGAAAGGUGUGAGUUUUUCACGCUGCCUUCCCACUCUCCCGGGGGCUACAACCGGACAACGGCCCUGGCCGUAGUGGCCGUGGUGCUGUCAUCCGUCUGCCUCACCAUUAUCGGUCUUUUACUAAUGCUUAGGUUUCACAAGCGGGGAGCGAGACGCAGCAGGGCAAAGAUGCAGAAAUUCUACCUCAAGCUUGGAACACAAAAGCGAACUGCAACAGGAGGUCCCGGAGGAAACAGGAACGUGCGCGGAGAAGGGAGCAGAGGGCAAACGCCCGAUGUUCUGGCAGAUUUCUCAGAUGGACAGAGGACAGCUGAACGUAUUCCUGAUGGCCCCAGAAGAACACGGCCCGUCUGAAGCUGGAAUACUAAGAGGUUCAGAAGAUGGACUGGAGAUGUGAUCAGCACGAAGGAACAAAAAGGAGGAGCAGUGUUUGGACCCUGUGCUGCUUCUUGACUGUAUGAAAAGAAAAGUUUCAAAUGGAACUGAAAUUUUUAACAGCAACGAGAGCUCAAUCAGAAUGUUUUGUUUUUUUCUCAAGAGACAGCAGUUUUAUAUUUUCCCACACAAGGCCAUCAACUUUUGUGUGUGCGUGUACAGAAUACAUUAUAUUUAUAAGUUUUAUUUAUUUAUUUAAGCUUACUGUAUUUAUGAAGAUUUUUAACCACCUUCAUCCAUUUUUAAAAUAUUAAUGUUACAUUUCUUUUUAUAUUUCUUAUUGGACAAUAUUUAUUUAUGAAACAGAAAUAAAAUGCAGAUACUUCUUCACUUAUCUAGUAUUUCAUGAAAAUGAAAAAGUAUUUGAUGUCUUUUGACUUUAAUUCUGGCACUCAGUAAAUGAUCAAUAGCACUGUGAUUAAUAAAUUGAUCAUUGAUAAGAUUUGAUUUUUUUUGUUUGUUUGACCUUCUAAUGGUGUAAAAAAGAGAAUGAACAGUGCUUUAGAGAAAAAUCUGGAGGCUGCCUCGUCCAACCAGUAGUUGUGGGUUCAGGAUUUAUGCUCAAAAGCCACAUUAGAGUUGGUAAAGAGGAAGGGCCGAGCCCUCUCUUUCAUGUUCCCCCAUCCAACUUUGUCCUGCUGGCUCGGGGAUGUUAAGGCCACAAAAGGCCUCAUGUUCGCUUCAGUUUUAUAAAGACGGACUAACAUAGGUCAUUACGGUUCUCUGCACUGACUGUGUACUGAUUAAAGGCAACACAAUCGCUCUCGGCAUCUGUAUUUCAAGGAAACUUUAAAGGGCAUCGAAUAUGGAAUGCACUGUAGCGAGAAAUGGGUGUGAAAAGGUUAAAUUAUGUCUUACCAGAGGAGAAACUGUCAAGCUGUCAUGAAAGAAAAUGUGAAUUCAAGUGUUCAACCCUUUCAAACCCUGCUCUGCAGUCUUGAAGUGAUUUUUAUUUGUGAUUUUUUAGAGCAAAAUAAAUAGAUAAUCUGA